AGUCAACGGUCAGAGGUUGCUUCUUCAUACCGCGCAGAUUUACUGAUCUUGAAUAACAUCAGAAUGAAGGUUAUCAUUCCACUGCUUUGCUUGCUGUCUGCUGUUUUAGCCGAGCCACCUGUUGACAGUUAUUCGUUAUCGAGAUCAUCCCACCACGACCACGACCAUGGCGACGACGAAUUCCAAAGAUCUCUGUCUCAAGAGUACGGGGUACCUCAAGCCGGCUCUUUCCGAAAUACCCCUUCAACAGAAUACGGCCCCCCAAGCGCCAAAUCUUCAUUAAACUAUCUUCCAUCUUCGGGAAGGGUGUCCCAGGAAUACGGUCUACCUAGCCGUAGUCUAUCCCAAGAGUAUGGAGCGCCUAAAUCUCGAUCAAAUCUCAAACUUUCCCAAGACUACGGUCUACCUAACGCUCGUGCCAAUUCAAAACCAUCUCAAGUUUACGGUGCUCCUAAUGCUCGUGGCUCUCCGUCUCUGGAAUAUGGACCUCCCCAAGACUUUUCCGGAGCGAACGUUGACUCUUAUGCAGUGGAACAUGCACCGUCAUCUCAAUAUGGUACCCCUGAAGUACGUACACCUUCCGAGAAUUACGGCGUGCCUCAAAGAAACCAUGACCAUCGCUCUCAGAAACAAGCCCGCAACCAAGCGUUAUCUCGCAAAUAUGGUGUGCCUUCAGGCCGUUCGAACGACGUUUCUCAAAGUUACGGUGCUCCAAAGAACUCUUUCAAAUCUUUCGCCGCCAGGAAUUCACCUUCUCAAAGCUACGGCGCCCCUAAAUCAGGACAGUUCGAUGCUCCGUCCACUUCGUACGGUGUACCUAGUGCUUCUCAAGGAUUCAAAUCAUUGUCUUCAACGUACGGUACUCCGAGUCAGAGAGGCUUGUCAGAGACAUAUGGAACUCCUUCCGCCAGGGGACUAUCUCAAGAAUACGGAGCUCCCACUGAUUCUGAACUGAAGACUAAGGCUAUUGCAUCUACUUAUGCAUCUGGCAGAACGUCGCCUUCUCAUGCCUAUGGCGUACCGUCAGCGCGCGACUCCAUGCCAUCAGACCAGUACGGUAUACCGGAACAAUAUUCGGCCCUAAACGACCAGAGCUAUGAAUACGCCAGAGCGGCUUUGGAAGAACUGAAUCAGGAACCGGCUAAUUACGAUUUCGCUUACAAAGUAAACGACUAUGUCAGCGGCAGUGACUUCGGACACGCGGAGUCGAGACAAGAGAAUCGGGCCGAAGGAACGUAUUUCGUGGUACUCCCAGAUGGCACUAAACAGGUGGUAGAGUACGAAGCUGAUGAGCGUGGCUUCAAGCCCAGGAUCUCAGUGGAACCGGUCGAAACCGACCUUGGCUAUGACGACAACGCAUCAGAUUUGACCAAAUCUGAGAACGGUCCUUAUUAGACUUAUUAUCAUUAGACUAAUAAGAUUCGUUCGUUAUCAGCGCUUGGCGAAUGGAACGUGGUGAUGAAUUGUAACGAAAUUAAAUCGCGAGAUAAAUCGGCCAUCUUUUUUUGUUUUUUGUUUCUGUUUUAAUUUAGUUUUAGUGUAAUCUGUGUAUCGUUUUAGUAAGAAUUUUAAAGUCUGGCAACAUUGAGAAUUUAGGGGAAUUUAGUUCGUUGGUAGCGUAUGGGAUAUUCCAACUAAUUACGGAUUGGUAGGUGAGCUUACUGGCCCUAGCAAGAGCAGUGCUUCGCUGAAUCUACCACCGGAUCGGAACCGCGACCCACUGAGAAGAUCCGGCUUGAAAGUUACACAAUUGUUUUAACUAUGUUGCUACUGGGAAGAGUUUUGAUUUAAAUAUUUAAUACCUCGUUCGAUUUGUCAUGCAUUUUCUCCAUUGCCAGUGGCAGGAAUAACGAAGAGAAUGCUUCAUUCGAUUUUACCGCGACGUCAACAUGGCAACACCUUUGUAAAAUACUCGUUACGUAUUUAUUAUAUUAAAAUUUAAUUAGCAAUAUGUCAAAAAAUGUAAAAAAAAACAUAAAUAUCGCUAUUAAGAGGCUUGUGUGUAGUUUUAAUGUGAAUAAAGUUGUGUUUAUUUCUGAA